AUGUACUCGGACUCAUACUUCCAGAGCCAUCAUCUCCGACGCGCCCACGACGUCCUGUACGCGGACUGGACCCACGACUCGUUCUUGCCACCGCAUCACCUGGCCCUCGCGGCGUCCAACGCCGCGGUGGCCGGCUCCUUCUGGGACGGUUUCCACGACGACGACGACUGGGGCCUGUUCCACUCGCUGCAGCUGGACUGCACGGGCCAGCUGACCGCCGUCCCGCCGCUGGUGUCAACCCCUACACCACUGGGCUCCGUUUUUGCGCCCGCGCGUGCCGCAACACGCCUGCCCGUGUGGGACGAUUUUGGCGGCGACGAGCUCGCGCAUGAGCUCAGCAUGACGUCAUGA